ACUUAAACAUCAAAUCACGAAGAAAAGGAGCAGUUUUCUGCCAACCUAAAGGGCCUGCGGGCAAAAAUGGCCACGCCUCCGAAUCCACCGCCACCACCACCUGCUACCUCGAGUUCCUCCACGCCCCCUUUCAAAACAGACGCCGAAAACCCAAACCCCGACCACGCGCCAGCCCUUGGGGCACCUGCCCUGCCGGCGCCGCCGCCGCAACCGGCCAUCUCCAUAGGCCCGUCCUACAUGGUCCUCUCCCUGCGCUGCGUCAUCGGCGAGCUCCGCGCCCGAGGACACGUCGCGGGGCUGGAGAUCCCCGACGGUGAGCUCACCGAAGCGGGGGCGCCCGCCCUUUUCGUCGACGUGCUCGCCGCCUUCCUGGCCGAGGUGCAGGUACCAUGUGCGCUCCCGACUCUUGCAAUGCCUCCUGUGUUCGUGGCCGACCGCCCGGUGGACCUGCUCCGCUUGUAUCUCGCUGUGCGCUCUCGCGGCGGAUUCGCCGCCGUGUCCUCUUGGGCGGCCGUCGCUGUGCCGCUAGGUCUCGAACCGACCGCUUACUCCGGCAUCAAGGUGGUGUACGCCACGUAUCUCUCCCUCCUGGAGCAGAGCAUCCGGAAGCCACGGAAGCAGGAUGGGGUGGUCGAGAGCAGCGGCAAUGCAGACCACCGAUCGAAGGCAAAGAAGGGCAAGUUCAUGUCGCCCCAUAAGGACCACGCGAGCGCCGGAUCAUCUCAGCUGAAGCGGAAGAGGAAUGUGCUUGUGGAGAUGCUUAACUGGGUCCGCCUUGUGGCGAAGAGCCCAGGUUCGUUGAUGCUCAUUCGAUCGUUGGACAGAGUCCUGGCAGCCAGUUCUCCUUGAUGCUCAUGCUCCGUCGCGAGAUGACUGCUUCGCCGCAGUUGCAGGCGGCGAUUGAACCGGAAACCUUAGACUACCGAGUCACACAUGCACGGUGAAGGCUGAAUAGUGAAUACUAACUGGGCUGCAUGGACAUUGGGACUACUAUCACAAGGUUGUGGCUCUUAUAUAGAUUCUGAGCUCACAAUCACUGCAAUUUGACUCAAAACACUUCAAUAUUAUAUAUUUCACAUGCAUUGAACCAGCUGAAUUGCUUGUUUACUUUAAAAUUGAAAUGUAUCCCUAGGUAUAACUGCAAAAUUCAACAUGUUUGUGAAAUAUCGGUGCACCUCAUAGAGUUGUAGCACAACCCUCUUUUGGUUAAUCCCACGUGAGAGGUUCUGCUAGUGCUUACCACGAGUGGUUUGUUUGCAGCUAUAGAAUCCAAGGUGCAGCUUAU